UUGAGGGCCAUAGCGGAAGUUGGUCUGACACGCAUUCAGUCAUCUCUCCGCUCGUCGGUGACCGGCUGGCUGUGAUUCACCCCUUCGGUCGGCGGUGUCGGGUGGUUUUCGUGGUGUAUGCUGUUCCGGUUGUUCGGGAAGAGUUUUCAGAAGUUGUCCAGCCUGUGUUCGGUGAUGAAGCCGCAGGUUGUGUUCGUGCUGGGCGGGCCUGGCGCCGGCAAAGGGACCCAGUGCACUAAAAUCAUCGAGAGUUACAGCUACACCCAUUUGUCAGCUGGGGAUUUACUGAGAGCAGAACGAGCCAGAGAGGGGUCAGAGUACGGACAGCUCAUUGCCAGCUACAUCAAGGAGGGCAAAAUUGUCCCCGUAGAGAUCACCGUCAGCUUACUUCGCAUGGCCAUGGAAGAGACCAUGAAGCUAGAUGAGAAGAUGUUCCGUUUCCUCAUAGAUGGUUUCCCCCGCAAUGAAGACAACCUUCAGGGGUGGAACAGAGUCAUGGAUGGGAAAGCAGAUGUCAAAUUUGUGCUUUUCUUUGAUUGUGAAAAUGAGGUUUGCAUCGAAAGAUGUUUAGAAAGAGGAAAGGACAGUGGACGCACCGAUGACAAUAAAGAAAGCUUGCAGAAAAGAAUCCAAACUUACCUACGGUCUACACGGCCAAUUAUUGAACAGUAUGAGAAAGAGGGCAAAGUGCGUACUAUAGAUGCCUCUCGUACUGUGGAUGAGGUAUUUGCUGACGUGAAGGCUAUCCUGGAUAAGGAAGGAUGACUUUCCCUGGCUGCUGACAGCAUUCUCUUUUAGCUUCCUUUUUAUCACCAGCGUUUACAUUGUAAUAAAUUGAUGUCUGUUCAUAUGGUGUUUUACUUUUCCAUGUUUUGUAAAUGCAUUAUUUGUUUGAGAGUGUGUGUCCUAUGAUGUUUUAUGAAUGCUCAGUAGAACGGCUCACAGCUCAUCAGUGCUGUCAGUAUAAGACCAGUAAAUACAAAUGUAGGUGUUUAGUACUGUCAGUAAAUCAUAGCAGUCAUGCAGGAAUACCACAAAGUUAUAUAUCACAAGUAUUUACAGAAUAUGUUGUGAGACGAAGUGGUCAUGUGGCUGAGCUUUUCCUUCACUUGGGUUCCAUGUCAGACUUUGACAGAACAGCCAGCAGACACUGGCAAAUAAAAUGCAGAAAAUGUCUCACGUGUUUGUGUUUGUACCUCACACCUCCUUCCAGUCCACCUUUGGUUUGCACUGUGUGGACAGUAAGGUUUCACAACUAAUAACAAUGAGCAGCAGUGGGGGAAUGAACCUAUGUUCCCAGAGUCCAGGAUCUCCAGUUGUCCUGUUAACACACAUUAAUCUUCCUGUUACAUUCUGGUCAGGACACAUUUCAAGUUUUCCAUCCAUUUUCUAUACCUGCUUACUCCAAUUA